AUGGACUGCACGUGUGUGACUACAGGCGUGAUCUGCGCACCAGCACUUGAUGAUCCUAAAGUCGCAGUUGUGGCAGGAGUAGAUCUUAAUGGUGCAGAUAUUGCUGGACAUUUACCAGCUGAGCUUGGUUUGUUAACGGAUAUGGCCAUGUUCCAUUUGAAUUCGAACCGGUUCUGUGCAACAAUCGGGUUUGUUGGAACUUUCCCUUCUGUCGUCUUCUCGUGGCCGACUGUUAAGCUCAUCGACUUAAGAUUCAACGAUUUUGAAGGUCAAGUGCCUCAAGAGCUUUUCAAGAAGGAUCUUGAUGCAAUUUUCUUGAACAACAACAGAUUUACUUCCACGAUUCCUGAGUCACUCGGAGAAUCCUCAGCCUCUGUUGUGACCUUUGCUCACAACAAAUUCAACGGUUGUAUGCCUAAAAGUAUUGGAAACAUGAAAAAUCUUAACGAAACCAUUUUCAAGGAUAACAAUCUAGGAGGUUGUUUUUCGUCAGAGAUUGGAAAGCUAGUGAAUGUGACGUUUUUAAGCUAG